CCACGCGCACGCGAAAACGCUUUCGCGAUACCGAUCCAACUAUCUCGAUCAACAAUUUCACAUAAAACGCCUUUUGUAGCUAAGAAAGCUAUGCCUUUCUAUAAAUACACUUAAUUAGCGCGCGGUCGUGGUCCUUUGGUGUUUACUGUUUACCAAUUAGUGGCAAAUUUCGCAUACCAUGAAGGAACACUUAUUUUGAUCUUAAAACUGAAAACGUAACUGCAACUCCUAACAACAAUAACACCAGUUGCAUUACAAGCCGGUUUAAAUGGUUAGCAGAGACAACGUGCGCAAUCCUCCUGCUAAUGAUUGUUAAGUGAAGAAAGCUUUACGUAAACUCGGCAUAGCUGAGCUCGUGAUGUGAAUGUUACAUGAAUAGACUCUUGGACCCACUGUUUACUCCUGGUACCCUGGUUGCUCUUUGGACUUUAGUCAGUGAAAAAUGUAUCACAACGGGCGACUCGGCAGUAGUAGCAGCACCUCCACAUCAUCGGGAGGGUCUUCGGAUCUGCGGGUGUCCGGUGCCGUGGAGUUGGCAGACCCCGCCAACACUGCGCAGAUACUAGCUCAGCUGCAGAACCCUGACCGAGCCAGAUUCUCGGACACCAGCUGGCAGAUCCACCGAACCUGGCGGCGCGAGGACCAGCUCCCGCUGUCGCCUCCACCGCUGCGCGCACCGGCCACGCCAGCUCCUCCAGUGCUGCGCAGUGACCAGAAUGGCAUUUACGAUACCAUCACGACACGAGCCGUCAGCGCUCCUGCCACUCCAGCCGGCGCGUUAUUUGGAAGGGAUCAAACUGGCGCGCGGUCAGCCAGCUUCCCCGUCGGCGGGUCCGCGGGGCGGCUGGACCUGUGCUACGUGGCGGAGCGUAUGCUGGCACUGCACCUGCCCGACCGAGACGCACACGCCGAGGCACAGGCCGCCCACAUGCUCACCAACAAGCACGGCGAACAUUUCAUGGUGUUCGAGGUGAGCUGUAGCGACGGCAGCGGAGCGGGACGAGACGCGCGCGCGGCAUUCGGGCGCGCGCGAGCACUGGGCUGGGCGGGGACGCUAGCGCCGCCACUGGAGCGACUGUGCGCCGCGUGCAAGCACAUCGAGAGCUGGCUGGCGGCACAUCCGCGGAACGUAGCUGUACUGCUUGCCUGGGGUAAUCGAGAACGACUGGGCGUGUUGGUAGCGGCAUACAUGCACUACUCAGCAAUAUGCGGCGCGCCGGAAAAUGCGCUAGACCGGUAUGCCAUGCGGCGGUACCUCGACGACCGCGUGCCUGUCUUCCACCUGCCCUCCAACAAGAGGUACAUCGAUACGUUUGCUGGCCUGCUGGCGGGUCAGAUCCGCGUGAACGCGGCGCCUCUCCACCUAACCCAUGUGAGCGUGGCCGGCGCGCUAGCUCCUGCCUCCGAGCCUACCAUCGCCUUCCUGAAGAUCUACGAGAACUUCGUCUGCGUCUAUACCUCAGGUUUAUACAUGGUGAGCGGCGGCGGGUGGACGGUGGGAGUCGGACGCCUGGCCCUACGAGGCGAUGUUCUUGUUCGAGCGUACAGAAGACCAGCGCAAGCACUACAACGGAGGCUAGUGUUCGCGUGCCAAUUCCACACGUGCGCUGUUGCCGACCACACGCUGUCUUUCACCAAACAGCAACUGGACCAUGCUGCGCACGACCCAUCAUUCCCGUCGGACGGCGCGGUGGAGCUGGUGUUCGCGCGCUGCGAGGGCGGCGGCGGCGCCGCGCCCGCGCCCACGCCCGCCGCCCCGCUGCGCGCCGCGCCCGACGCGCUCGCGCGCGCCGACUCGCUCCAACACCUGCGCCCGCUCUCCACGCUCACCGACGACGACGCUGGUGAAAACAACGGCAGCGCAGAAGGAUCCGGGUCGGGAGGCGAGGCCGGGGAGGGGGCUGAAGCGGCGCACACGUUCGGUCCCCUCGACGGGUCCAUCUACGCCACAGUGGUGCGCGCGGGCGGCGGGCCCGCGUCCCUGCUCAGCGCGUCCAUGGACUCCGGCAUCUCGUCGGCGGGGCGGCGCGCGGCGCCCAGCCCGCCCGACGAGCUCGACGCGCUGCUCGGCGACAUGCUGCGCACCGUCAGCGCGCUGCCCGACCCGGCGCCCGCGCACGCGCAGCCGCCCGCCGCGCAAUCGCACUCCGACCGCGCGCCCGACAUACCGUAUCACGCGCGCGCCGACUCGGCUCCCUUCACCUACGGAGCGCCAGGCCUGCGCCCCGGCAUGCUGCGCGCGCCCAACCGCCUGGCCAGCCCCGAGCUGGUGCGCCGGGCGCUCGGCGGCGACCGCUCCUACAGGCCCAUCGAGGACGACGACGACGAACGAGUCGCCACCCCUGAACCGCCCUCGCCUCACACCCCUGUUUCUCCGCGCACCCUUCGUAAACUUACUCAUGAAGAUGUCACCUCUACCACUUCAACAGUUCCACCGUCGGCCUCUCCUUUACGAAAUGGGAGGUGGUUGAACGGGGACGCGGAAUGGAUCGACCGACCUCCAAGCAACGCUCGAAAAGCGAUAGAAGAAAAUGGGACGUGGCGAUCAGCAAGCACGCUGGGAUGGCACGAGAGUUCAAGGACGAGGGAGCCGCGAAGGUCGGAGAGCGCUCUCGAAGGCAGCACGGGCCUGACGUGGUUGCAGCGGCAACAGCAGAAAUUACGGGAGAGGAAGGAAGCCAGGGAGAGGGUGCAGAGGUUACCUCUGGAGUGGGAUGCCACCACCAGAAAUGUUCGACGAUCUGCCAGUCACAGGAUGGACGGCUACACUAGCGACACCACAGCGUUUGCCGACGACGAUGACGACUUUAGUGUUCCCUUACACGUCAACACGUUACGAACCCCCCUUAGGAACGAUAGCAUCAGUCCACAAGCACCUGACAGAACCUCAUCUAGAAAAUUCAUGUUCGAAAAGAUGACAAUGCGCGAGUGGAGUGGCAGCAACACGCCCACGUCUGCCACCGCGCCUGGUCUUCUGUCGCUAGCGGAGCCGCCCAGCAAUGAUACUAUCAUUCGAGAGCGGACCGAGAGCUGGUCGCGGUCAGAGUCCCGCGCGGGCACGCCACUGUUCCCCACGCACCCGCGCACGCCCUACCCGCCCACGCCCACGCCCUCGCUCAGCGCGCGCCCGCCGCGCUCGCCGCCCGUCACCAGAAAAGAGCGCGAAGGCAGCCCCGAGUCGGAGUAUCGGAUCUACAACGGCAGUUGCGGGUCGCGACGCUCGAGCGCGGGCGGGUCGGAGCCGCAGCACGUGGCGCCGGACCGCGAGCGAUUCGCGCGGGACACCAGCCACUUCUGGUACAAGCCCAACAUCUCCCGGGACGACGCGGUAGCAGCCCUCCAGCAGCUGGAAGAGGGGUCCUUCAUCGUGCGCGACUCGAACUCGUUCCCGGGCGCGUUCGGGCUGGCGGUGCGCGCCGGGGGGGGCGGCGGAGUGAGACACUUCCUGGUGGAGCCGGCGGCGCGCGGCGUGCGCCUGCGCGGCUGCCCCGACGAGCCCGUGUUCGGCUCGCUGUCCGCGCUCGUCUACCAGCACACCGUCACGCCGCUCGCGCUGCCCGUGCCGCUGCGGCUGCCCGAUAGGGAUCCAUGGAGCGGAGGAACCGCAAACGCGGCGGCUAGAGCUCUACUAGCAACCGGAGCGGCGUGCCACGUGCUGCUCCUCGGCUCAGAAAACACCGAGGCGCUCACCGGCCCCGCCGCCGUCAAGCGAGCCGUCACCAACAUCAUACUGAAGAAGGGAGGAGCGCACGUGGUACACUUCAAAGUUUUCGGUGGUGGCAUCACGCUGACCGACGCGGCGCGCAAGCUGUUCUUCAGGCGGCACUAUCCUGCAGCCAACGUCUCUUAUGCUGGUUUAGACCCGGAUGAGAGGCGGUUUGCACACGUCGAAAAUGGCACUAAGAAUGAAAAACGCAUCUUCGCGUUUGUAGCGCGGGCCGCGACGGGCUCCGACAACCAGUGCCACGUGUUCGCCGAGCUCGAGCCCGAGCAGCCCGCCACCGCCAUCGUCAACUUCGUCAACAAGGCAUUACUCGGAAACUCGCAGAAAAAGGACAUCAUUUAAACAGCUCCUAACAUCGACUGAUGAGUCUGAUCCAAUACUCAAAUUACGUGUUGUGCACUAACAGUGAACUUAAAAUUGUAUGCACAUGCAGAGCAAAUAAUCCGAAUGAGCCAAUAUUUGCAUAUUUCACUCAGUACACACAACUGGAAAGGAAUAUUGUCCUUGAAAUCAAUGAGUUUAAUUAACUACAUUUGUGAGAUUUCACAAAUUGAACUUGGUCACUAUGAACUUCAAUUCAUUUACUAGAGUUUAAAUGAAUUCAUUUCAAAGAUUUUAUUUUUAAUACGCUUCGUAUUCACCAAGUACAAUUAACCAACCCCUUCGUUAGUUAAAUUUUAAGCUAAAUUAAUAUAAAUGUUAUAUUAAUACUGUAGCAUAGAGAAGAAACUAACUAGUCUCAUAUAUUAAUUUAAUAUAUAAUGUAGUGAUAUUGAGCGUGCCUAUAUAAUGUUUAAAACGUCUACAUUGUCAAUGAGUAAUUAUGAUUUAAACAUGGUGUCCAUAAUUGUAUACAAAUACGAUCCAAAUUACUCAUAUGUUGCUCCAUUCGGCAUAAUAUUAGAUGUUCUAAAUCAAAACGCAUUAACAUUCUUUGUAAAGUACCUACUACCUACACAUUUGUCCAAAACAUGGAAUAUUGUACCUAACAAAAAUAUAAUGGGCAUAUUCAUAAUCAUAUACAGAAAUGUAAUAACGUCAUGUUUUAAUUUAAAAUGUAUACUGCUUUAAUAUUUUAAUAAUAAAGACCCCAAUGGAUACUGAAUUUCGAUAAAUAUUGUUUGUCUUGUGCAUUCAAAUUUACAAUACAACGCAGGUCGCAAGGAUUGUAAGAAAGCUGUAAAGAAAUGUCUCUGUCUUAUUCUAGACCGAGAUAGAAAAAACUGAUGGAGCAGUCCUGACAAUGGAUAUUGAAAGUCUUUAGUAGUCUAUAUGGCUUAAUCGUGAACUGAAAACUGGCACAUUUAAAUAAAAUGGCUUCAUAUAACUUGCCAGUAAAUCGUACAUGUACAACGAAUAAUGAGUACAAGAAUGCUUAUAAACAAUAAAAAUAAACUAUAAAAAUGUUAACUUAAGAUAAAUAUAAAUAGGUGCAUAAUAGGUCAAAUAUUACAGCUUGAAAAAUCCAAAAUAAGAUAUUUAUCAACACAGUAAAGUUACAAGGACUGCACCUAUAAUUCAUAGAACGCUAAAGUAAAUAAUA